AUGGGGGAGUGGGUCGUUGGAGCUUUCAUCAACCUUUUCGGCAGCAUUGCCAUCAACUUUGGAACUAACCUUCUGAAAUUGGGGCAUAAUGAGAGAGAGAGACAUUCAAUACUAGAAAGUGAAGGAGCAAGUGGAAAGCUUCCUUUGAAGCCCAUUAUACACUUUCAGACAUGGAGAGUUGGCUUUUUAUUUUUCGUUCUUGGUAAUUGCCUAAAUUUCAUAUCCUUCGGAUAUGCUGCUCAGUCACUUCUUGCGGCACUGGGUUCUAUUCAGUUUAUAUCCAACAUUGCAUUUGCUUACUUUGUGUUAAACAAAAUGGUGACUGUUAAGGUAAUGGUUGCCACAGCCUUUAUCGUUCUUGGGAACAUUUUUCUUGUUGCUUUUGGCAACCACCAAUCACCUGUAUACACACCAGAACAGCUGGCCGAGAAAUACAGCAACAUUGCAUUCCUUCUUUACUGCCUAAUUUUGGUUUUAGUUGUUGCCUUACAGCACUCCAUUUACAGGAGAGGAGAACUUCUGCAUGCUGUUUCUGGACAGGAUCUAAGACCCUAUUGGCAUAUGCUACUUCCUUUUUCCUAUGCUAUAGUUUCAGGUGCUGUUGGAUCAUUCUCAGUGUUGUUUGCAAAAUCUCUCUCUAACCUGCUACGUUUGGCCAUGUCUAGCAGUUAUCAGUUACAUAGCUGGUUCACAUACUCCAUGCUCCUUUUAUUUCUAAGUACAGCUGGAUUUUGGAUGGCUCGGUUGAAUGAAGGAUUGUCAUUAUUCGAUGCAAUCCUUAUUGUUCCUAUGUUUCAGAUUGCUUGGACAUUCUUUUCCAUUUGUACAGGAUUUGUAUAUUUUCAAGAAUACCAGGUAUUAAAUGCACUAAGGACAACAAUGUUCAUACUGGGCAUGAUGUCUGUGUUCGUAGGCAUUUCUUUGCUGGCACCUGAUGAUUCAAAAGGUGCUGAAGUCAAAGAUAAUUCAUCUUUAGUUUCUGUGAUGUCUUCAACCAUUCCAAAAGAAGUGGGCAGGCUAGCUGUUCCAUCUGAAGAUGUACAAAUUAGAGACACAAGAUCAUUUGUGCAAGGAAUCCUGAUGAAGAUUUCAGAUACAAUAGUGAAGGCAAAGACUGCUUGUGCGUUGUCACUUGGAUUUGGAGAGGAUUCAAUCAAUGCAUCUGCGGUCCUUGUGAUGCCCAUGGUGUCAUCAAAGAUAACGGGCUUUAGAGGAAACGGGUUUGACCGGGCGAAGAUUUUCUCCAUGAAAAAUUCUGGUUGGACUAAGAUCUCUAUGGAUGAAGAUGCUACAAAGAUGCUAGAGACAAGCCCUGUGCUCCCUGAGAGCCCUUGA